UCUGUCCCCCUUCAGGUGCAACAGGGACUUCUGUGACCAUUCAGUCAUCCAACAGUUAAAUGUUUACCGAGCGAGUCGACCCCCUGGUGCGCACGCGCUCGCGCGCACGCGGCCAGCCCAGGCUUCAUAAAAAGCGGGACCCGCGGCUGGCCGUCCUCAGUGUUUUCCGGUGAUCGUCCCGCACACCAACGCAGCAGCCCAGAGAGGAAGAUGGCAGUGGCCGACACGGAGCGCGCAGGGUCCGUCUGCGGGGACUCGGGCAGCCCGUUCUCAGAGAUCAUCGAGCUGAACGUGGGCGGACAGGUGUAUGUCACCAGGCACAAAACUCUGAUCGCGGUGCCGGACUCGCUCCUGUGGAACAUGUUCAGCAAGAAGUCUCCCAAGGACCUGGCCAGAGACAGCAAGGGGCGCUUCUUCCUGGACAGGGACGGCUUCUUGUUCCGCUACAUCCUCGAUUAUCUGCGGGACCUCAACUUGGUCCUGCCGGACUACUUCCCCGAAAAGAGUCGGCUUCAGAGGGAGGCUGACUUUUUCCAGCUGCGGGAUCUGGCCAAGCGCCUCAGCCCCCGGGUGAGUAAGGACAAUUCCAUCAGUGAGGAGAUCAGCCAGAGCGACACGGAGGACGGCGCGCAGCAGUGCGGCUCCUCCGGCGGCGCGGACGCUUUACGCACCGUGUCCGUCGGCGGCGCCGUGCGCUCCCCUUCCCUGGACUCCAGAAAGUCGGGAUACAUCACGAUAGGAUACCGCGGCACUUACACGAUCGGCAGAGACAUCCAGACCGACGCCAAGUUCCGGAGAGUGGCGCGCAUCACCGUGUGCGGUAAGACGUCUCUGGCCAAGGAGGUGUUCGGAGAGACGCUGAACGAGAGCAGAGACCCGGACAGACCCCCGGAGAGGUACACGUCGCGGUACUACCUCAAGUAUAAUUUUCUAGAGCAGGCGUUUGACAAGCUGACAGAGGCGGGCUUCCACAUGGUGGCCUGCAGCUCCACGGGCACCUGCGCCUACACGAGCAACGACCCGAACGAGGACAAAAUAUGGACCAGCUACACCGAAUACGUCUUCUGUCGAGACUGACCGGCGGCGCCCCGCACACCCGGUGUACAGAAACAUUUCACACUAUUAGAGGGGAAUGUCUGUAAGCAGUGUGCAUUUGCUGUGCUGAACGUGGUGUCCGUGCAGGGUGAGUGACUGCGGGAUAUUGCUCCAUUAUCGCAGGAAUUCGACACAUUAAACGCCCCCAAACCAGCAUUACAUCCUCAAACAUUUGACAACACGUCAAGAGAAUAAUUUGGAGACUAAAUACACAACUGAGUUGACACAUCCAUCCAAAGAUCUGAAACAGUGUGGUUGUAAAAAAAGCAAAAUGCCAUCAUCUCCAUCUCAAAGAACUGCAUGUCAAUGUUUCACUCCUAUCUGACUCAGUGCUGUGUGAAUUGAGUGGCAUCCAGGAAACAGACAAGCAGCGAUUAGUAUUCAGUGUCAUUGUAACUUCUAGGCUUGCUUGAGCUCUUGUUUGGCCAAGUUUUGUAUUAUCUAAUAGGCUCUUAUAGCUCUUCUAUCACUGACAUGAUUGUAAGCGUAUUGAGUGUCGGUAGAGUUGUGUUUGUUCUAAACCUGUUCAGACUUAAUAAAAUCUUAUACUCUGUUA